UGCAUGUCUAUGAAACCUCAACAACAGCUGUAAUAAUCAAAACAAACAAAUAGUGCAAUAAAUCCAACAAACGCAAACACGACUGCUGAAAGUCAAUAAGGGCAAGCCCUGUCUUUCGGUAGCCAUAUUUCUUUGCUCAUCUUACGAUUGAUUACUCCUUCAACGAUUCUUUCCUUAUCCUACAUCCCCACAUGAUAUAUCUUUCUGUACCAAUCUCCUGUUUCUCGGUGGUUUCGCGUUAUUCUCUCUCUAGAAAAUUACUUCCCGAUUGAGAAUUCGAGUCCUGUACAGUUUGUUUUCUCUCGUUCUGUUGGGAAAUUGGGCAGUUCUUGGAUCGGUUGUGAUCUUCUCGGAAAGUUGCGGUUUUUUCUGAGGUGGGGUUUUGGUUUUGGAAAUUGGCGUAAGAAAUAUAUGUUGAGUUGAAGAGGAAGGAGGUGAGCUGGGGCUGAAUUAUAUGGAUAAUUUUUGUUGCUUCAAUUCGGUGUCUCAGGUUGGAGGGCGUUCUUCAUGUAGCUCUGGCAAGGGCAGGAGCCAUCAGAGCCCAGUCAAGUAUGGCUUUAGUCUAGUUAAAGGGAAAGCAAAUCAUCCCAUGGAGGAUUACCAUGUUUCAAAGUUUGUUCACUUUCAGGGACGUGAGCUUGGACUUUUUGCUAUAUAUGAUGGACAUUUGGGAGAUAGUGUGCCAUCCUAUCUACAAAAGCAUCUGUUUCCUAAUAUCUUAAAGGAUGAGGAGUUUUGGACAGAUACCAACAGGUCCAUUUCUAAAGCCUAUGAGAGAACAGACCAGGCAAUUCUCUCUCACAAUCCUGACUUGGGGCGAGGUGGAUCCACUGCAGUAACUGCAAUUCUAAUAGAUGGUCAGAAGUUAUGGAUAGCAAAUGUUGGAGAUUCACGAGCAGUUCUUUCAAAGAGAGGGAAGGCAAUACAGAUGACUACCGAUCACGAGCCCAACACUGAGCGGGGAAGCAUUGAGAACAGAGGCGGCUUUGUCUCCAACAUGCCAGGAGAUGUUGCUCGAGUGAAUGGCCAGCUAGCAGUUUCUCGAGCUUUUGGAGACAAGAACCUCAAAUUACAUUUGCGAUCUGAUCCAGAUGUACAAAAUGCUAUGGUUGGCCCAGAUACUGAUCUUCUCAUACUCGCGAGUGAUGGUUUAUGGAAGGUCGUGGCUAAUCAAGAGGCAGUUGAUAUUGCAAAAAGGACAAAGGACCCGCAGAAGGCAGCCAAGCAACUAGUCGCUGAGGCAUUGAAGAGAGAGAGCAAGGAUGACAUCUCCUGCAUUGUAGUCCGUUUCAAGGGGUAAAACAGA